AUUUUUUUAGUCAUAAAAGCAAAAGACGACGACUUCAGGGAAGUACAAUCAUAUUUUGAUCUCUCUCUCCAAUUUUUGAUACUUUUGUCGAAAAUUCCCAAAUCCUGAGUUUAGAACCCUAAUUUCAUCAUGGUUUGCGUUAUGUGUUUGGUGCCUCUGUUCCUCGUCCCGCUCAUCAAUUUAAUGCCUCGAAUCAUCGAUUAUUUCAUGGCCAAAUUGUAUGCGUGGCUCGGAUGGGAGUACAGGAAGCCAGCAAGAGCCCCUCCAGCUUGUCCUUUCAAGCCAGUUGCUCAAAACGACAAAGCCACCAAAGUGGCUGCGGAAACUGGAACUGAAGGUACAGAAACAAUAGCUAAACCUGUUGUAGCGGAGGAGACGGGUGGUAUUAAGCAGGAUUGAGGCCGAGUCUUUUCUUCAAUAAAACCUUUGUAUUUGUGGAUAUAUGUUUUGGAUAAGAGAAGAAGCUGGAAGUUGAAAUUACCUGAUGUGAUACUGAUAAUGAUAUACGUUGAAAAUGCUGCGUAACAGAUAAUUUCUUUUAUGUUUACUUCUCUUUUCUUUUCUUCUCUUCUUGUGUAGAAUCUUUUGCAUGUGGGAGAUUUCGAAUUUCUCAGUAAAA